AUCUUUAAUUAAUUAAAUAAAAUGCUUGGAUCAUACAAGAGAUAUUGGGAGCCAUCUCUUACAGAAGUGGUUGGUCUUUCAGUGCCAGUAGGUGCAGUUGCCACAUUCCUCACUUAACCAUUGGAAUUUGUUAAAACUAGAAUCUAAGUCAGAACUGAAGGAAUUGGUUUGAGAUAAUUGAAAAAUGAAUUGGGAGUGAAUCCAUGGAGAAUAUUCAGAGAGAUUCAUGAAACUGGAGGUGGUUUGGCUCAUUUUUAUUAUGGAUUUGAUGCAGCAAUAUACAGUAGAUUGGGCUAUCUCUUUAUCAGAAACUUUUUAUAUAAAGCAAUAUACGAUUAAGUUAAGCCAGUCAAACCAUUCAAUGAUUUGACACUCAGAGAAAAGGCUGUUCUCUCUGGAUCUGUAGGAGCAUUUGCUGCUUUUGUUACAUCUCCAUUCGAAUUAGCUCAAGUCAGAAUGAUUGCUGACGGUGGUCUCCCUCAACCAAUCAGAAGAAAUUACAAAUCCGCAUUCGAUGCCAUUAAUAGAAUCUAGGUUGAAGAAGGAGGAAGCAGAGCAUUGUUCAGAGGAGCCUUUGCUCAUGUGGUCAAAUUGGCAGCCUUGAACGUAUCCUUAACUGGACCCAUAUGA